AUGAGGCUUGUUCAUGCUCCGGUUUGGGUACUCUUCAAAAAAGUUCCUUUCGAGCUAUGGUCUACUCUUGGUUUCAGUACUAUGGCAUCAGCAGUAGGCUUUCCGGUCCAUUAUGAAUUUCCUGCUAUCAAGCCUUAUUCCAACGGAGUUGUCAAACUCCGAGUUGUUAUUGAGUUGGAUAAACCUAGACCCUCCCUAGUCCGAGUGACAGACAAGCUGGGGAAUUCUGUUACUCUUCCGGUCGAAUUUCAAAAGUUACCUCCAAAGUGUGGUGGAUGCGGCGAACAUGGCCAUCUCCAUCUUCGUUGCCUGCAACCUGAUCAGAGUAAGAUAACUUUGGCUAUGGAUAAUCCUCCUUUCAUGGGUGUGAUGGCUUCCCCUCUAUCAGUUGCAAGAAAUUUGCCAAUAGUCAACUCGGCGGCUCAUUCUCCUCUGUCUAUUGAUCCCGCUAAGGCAGCAUCUCACGCCUCCUUGGCCAUAUCGUCUGAAAAAGGGUCUAGUUCCAAGUCGGCAUCGCAUGAGUUUGGUGGUUCUUAUAGACAGCGCAAGGUGGAAAGGAUUAGAAGCCUGCCGCUAAAUUACAAUUCGAUUUCGGGGCAUCUCUUACCCUCUGGGUGGCAAUAUGUGGCAAAGAGGUCGGAGGUUAUAAAAGAAAAAGCUUCCUCUUCUCAGAAAGUUGUUGUUCCUGUUACGGAUGCUAAAUUUGCAGAGGAGGAGGAAUUGAUAUCGGCGGCUCAAGCUAUUCUUCGAAAUAGACUUGCUAAUCUUGAGAGCAAUCCUCCGGCGCACUCCACUUCCUUAUCAAAAAAGCAGGCUCAGAGGAAAAUACGCCAGAAUCUAUAUAUGCUUUCACUCGGAUCUGAAGGUGAUCAAUUGUCUACUUCGUCAACCUCAGAUUCUCAUGGCGGUACAGAAUGCUUUAGUUUAGCUUCAGGCCUUAACGGCAAUGAACGGAUAGAUUUAGUUGUUGAUUGGAUACGGCUCAACCGUCCUCUUCUAGGCGGUUUUUUGGAAACACAUGUGCAGCAUGAAAAUUUACAAGGCAUUAUAAAUAUUGUGGUCCCUGGUUGGAGGUUUGAAGGGAAUUACUCAGUGGAUGCAGAUAAUAGUUGUAUUGUGGUGGUCUGGGAUCCUAUGUUGUCAGUCGUCAUCUAUUACACAUCGCCUCAGUUGGCUCUUUGUGGUGUGUUUAAUCCUCAGACAAGGCAAUCCUUUACAGCUGCUUUUGUCUAUGCUCGUAAUCGCAGAGAAGAAAGACUUGUGCUCUGGGACAAGAUCAAAGAGUUAGCUCAGUCUCGCAAUCUUCAACAAUCACCAUGGAUUCUUAUGGGGGAUUACAAUCAGAGUGUCACUCUUCCUAAGGCCAGAAAAAUUGAUAGAUCAUUGGUAAAUAAAGCAUGGCUGGAUCACUACCCUGAUUCUUUUGCUUAUUUUGACUCUCCUGGUUCCUCGGAUCAUACUCCGUGCCUUAUUUACUUGGCUAAUCAAUUGACGGAGAAGAAAUGUCGUUUUAUUUACUUCGACAUGUUCUCUAUGCAUCCUGAUUUCGAACAUUUGCUUAAAGAUGCGUGGACGAGAGACGUUGUUCACUCUUCACCUAUGUCAGUCUUAUAUCAGAGGCUUCGUUCGGCAAAAAUCUGCUGCAAAUCUCUUAAUAGAAACAGCUUUAGUAAUAUCCAGGCUCGAGCUAAGGAGGCUAAACAUCAGUUAGACCAGUUGCAGAUGCGCGCUUUAUCUGAUCCUUCUGCUCAGAUUUUUCAGGACGAAUCAGAGGCUAGACAAUCCUGGAUGUUUUAUGCCGCUGCUGAAGAGUCAUUUCUUCAUCAAAAGUCUAGGGUUAAAUGGUUAAGCGUGGGAGAUCUGAACACCGGGGUUUUCCACAAAGCGGUCAGAGCCAAUUUAUCUAGGAACGUCAUCCACUAUUUACUUGAUGCUGCAGACAGAAAGAUUUUCGACUCUGUUACCCUGAAGAACAUGACUUCUCAGUUCUACGAGUCACUGCUUGGUUCGGAAAACUCUGAAAUAAACCCUCUCUCGGUUGAUCAGAUCAAAUACAUCCAUCCUUUCAGAUGUCCGCAGGCGUUGGCAACUCAGUUAGUGGCUAUCCCAACAGAUUUAAAGAUCAGGGAUAUAGUUUUUGCUCUACCAAAGAACAAAGCGCCAGGUCCGGAUGGUUUCUCGGUGGAGUUCUUUGUUACUUCUUGGGACUUGGUGGGCUCAGACCUAGUAGCGGCCGUUAAAUAUUUUUUCGUCACUCCUGAACUCUCAAGGCAGGUCAAUUCGACGGUAAUUGCCCUCUUGCCAAAGGUAACAGGCGCUGCUAAUUUAUCUGAGUUUAGUCCAAUCUCCUUGUGCAAUACGGUCUACAAAGUUAUAUCAAAGAUUAUUGGAGCACGCUUCAAGCGUCUUACACCCCUGGUUGUUCAACGCAAUCAAGUUGGAUUUGUUAAAGGAAGAUUGUUAUGUGAGAAUGUUAUUUUAGCUUCAGAGCUAGUCUCAGAUUUCAACAAGCCUGGUACAACGUCUAGAGGAUGCUUGCAGAUCGACAUUACAAAAGCUUAUGACAAUGUUGACUGGAUUUUCAUGUUAAAUAUUUUAAAAGCCUUCGACCUGCCUCAGAUUCUCAUUCAGUGGAUCCCGGCUUGCAUCACUUCGCCUCACUAUUCAGUCGCUUUUAAUGGGGAGCUUGUUGGAUUUUUUCCCGGGAAAAAGGGUCUUCGUCAAGGUGACCCCAUCUCGUCCUCCUUAUUUGUGAUGGCAAUGGAUAUUUUGGCAAAAAAUCUUGAUGCAGCUGUUCGGGCGCGGCUCUUCAACACUCAUCCUAAGUGCCGGUACCCUCUUAUCACGCAUCUCUCCUUCGCAUAUGAUAUGCUUAUAUUUUUUGAUUGGAGUGAAGAGUCGGUUGCUGGCAUAAUCCAAGUUUUACAAACCUUUUAUAUGAGUUCUGGUCUGGGCUUGAAUAAGUCCAAAACUGGACUAUUUUUGGAUGGUUUCAAUAUUCCAGAAGCAAAGGCCAUGGCAGAUAAGUUUGGAUUUUCUCAAGGUUUGCUACCUGUCCGAUAUCUAGGGGUCCCGUUGAUGCCGCAUAGGCUAAGACCACAGGACUAUCAGCCUCUGAUUGAUAGAGUAAGGAAGAAGAUUACCUCUUGGACUAUAAGGAAUUUGUCUUUCGCAGGGAGGCUUGUAUUAAUUCAGUCUGUGUUGUAUGGAAUGUUUAACUUCUGGGCGUCUGUCUUUACACUACCAAAGGGUUGUAUAGAUGCUAUAGAAAGAUUGUGCAACGCCUUUCUUUGGAGUGGAGGACCAGACUCAGCAAGGAGAGCAAAGUCUGGUAACGAUGCUCUCUUCUGGCAUGAUAAUUGGACAGGCCUAGGACCUUUAAUUGAUAUAUCUGGAGCAAAUGGACCUCGUGUUUUGGGGAUCAGAAGCAUGGCUAAGGUUACAGAAGCGAUUCUGGUGAUUCUUGGGCUCUGCCUAGAGGUCGCCAUCGGAUCAUUCAGCUCAUCAAGGCUUGUUUGCCGGCUGAGCCUCCGGCUCCCGACAAGGAAUAGGCUUCGUCAAUGGAGUCCCGAGACAUCAGCGACCUAUCUUUGUGACUCCUCAGAUGAGAACCGUGAUCACCUGUUUCUUGGUUGCCCUUAUUCUCAAGAUGUUUGGAAUCAUUUUUUCAGACACUCUAAUUUCAACCUGCCUGCUGAUUUUGAGGCUAUCUUUCAGUGGCUUCCUUCAUCAUCUACAAAUCUCAAAGUUAGAACCAUAUGCAAUCUGCUUGUCCAAGCUAUCGUGUAUGCGUUAUGGAAAGAGAGAAAUUUAAGAUUGCAUACUUCCUCUAGUCGCCACUCUUUGCUUCUGGUCAAAGAGGUUAAAGUGAUCCUCAAAGCGAAGCUGUUUGGUAUAGACCGUUCUCCACCUAGGCGCAGCUUGCAACAGUCUACUUCCUCUUCAGAGACCUAUUUACAUGAGUGGUUUCACCACUUCGAUGUCUAA